GUUGGUGAUUCGGACCAGAAGUUAGCCGAAGGAAUUAGUCUUUUUUCUAUUGCAUCUGAUAAUUAUGGAAAACCAUCAAUACUUGGCCCACUGGUCAAGGAACAUGCCAAGGGAGGAAAAUGCAUAGUUUUCACCCAAACCAAACGGGAUGCUGAUCGUUUGGCUUAUGCUAUGAGCAGGAGCUAUCCUUGUGAGGCUUUGCAUGGUGAUAUUUCCCAAAACCAGAGAGAGAGAACACUUGCUGGCUUCCGGGAUGGUCGGUUUAGCAUUUUGAUUGCUACAGAUGUUGCCGCUCGUGGACUGGAUAUUCCUAAUGUUGACUUG